AUGCCUGGCUCCAGGACGACGAUGCGUGGAACGCUUUCGGCAAAAGAACCAAGAUCAGGAAGCCGCAGGAAGACGAGGACGAGCAAGAAAGCGCCUACCUCGAAGGCGAAGCCGCGUUCCAGCGCUACGUCGAAUGCCUGCAAUGGCUCCUCUGCACACAAGCCCGCUGGCUGGUCCACUCCAAAGGCAUGCCCGCCGACCUUGAGGCAAGUAAAUCUCCAUCACCCACGCCGACGAACCAACCCUCACCUUUUCUCCCAGAUCGUCAUCCGCGACCUCUGGCACAUCCGCCUCCGCGCCCUCUCGUGGACCCAAAACCGCGACAACGCGCCGCAUCCCAUCCGACCCCUCGACACCCUCGUCCUCUGCUACUUUGGUCUCGUCGUGCUCCAGCUCCCCGUCUCCCUGCACGACCUCCACUCCUGGCUGUCUUUCUCUUCCUCCUCCACCACCACAAUCACCAACCCCCCAGCACCCCAAAACAACAACAACAACACCACCACCACCCCAACUACCCUAACCGACCCCACCCCCAGCUUCACCCCCAGCUCCAACUCCCCCCACCCAACCCCCCCCUCCCUCCUCCUCCUCCCCUCCCCGCUCACCCACCGCCUGCCCCCCGCCUACCUCUCCGCCCUCUCCUCUGCCCCGCCGUCCCCCCCCUUCCCCCCCACCCCUUCGCGCCUCCAAUCCGGCAUCUGCGCCCUCGCCCGCCUCUUCCGCGCCGACCUCGGCGUCGCCUUGCCGCCGCUCAACUUUUUCCCGCUGGCCUACCGCGCGUACGUCGAGGCGCUGGGCUUGCCGCUGGAAUUGCUGCCGGUGGUGGAGAGGUUGGCGAGGGGGGCGGGGGUGGGGUGGGUUGUUGGUGGGGGUGAUGCGUUUGGUGGGGAUGAGGGUGGUGGGGAAAGGAGGAGGAGGAUGAAGGUGGAUGCUAGGUGUUGGUUGCCGGAGGCGCAGUUGGCGGCGCUGGUGGUGGUGGGGAUGGAGGUGUUGUGUCCGUUGAGGGAGGAACCAGAGGGAGCGGGCGAGGGCGACCGCGUGAAGAAGAAGGUGCCGGCGUUUGAGUGGGCGGAGUGGGUGCGGCGGCGGGAGCGCGGCGCCGUGGAUGAGGCGCGGGGGGAGGCGAUGGCUCUCGUGCGUGUGGGUGGCGGCGUGGAUGGAGCGGCGGAUGGGGGCGAUGAUGAUGAAUAUUUGAGUGCUGCGGAGAAGAUGCUGCAGGGGCGGGAUGUGGAUGAUGUGGCGGGGCUGCCCAAGGCGACGGCGUUGCUGGGCGGCGGUGCGGAUGAAGCGGCGUAUGCGGAGGAGGAUGAGGAUGAGCUGGAGGGGUUGGAGGGGAUUGAGAGGGUGUUUUACGAGGCUGUUGCUGAGCGGGCUGUUAUGCCUGUCUCGCUGCUGGUGAAGAGUGUGGGUCUGAUUGAGAAGAAGUUGGAGGAGUCGGCGAAGAAGAUAAGGGAGGGGAGGAGGAGGUUGGGUAAUGCGAGAUAG